AUGAAAAAAGAUGAUGGAAAGAAAAAUGAAGAAAUCAAGAAGAGUAACGUUGCUCACGAUUCUCUCACUGGUGUUCUCAAUUCAAAUGGUGUUGUUUUGGUGGAGUUCUUUGCACCAUGGUGUGGUCAUUGUAAAUCUUUAACACCCACUUGGGAGAAAGUUGCUACUACUUUGAAAGGUGUUGCUACUGUGGCAGCCAUUGAUGCUGAUGCUCACAAGUCUGUCUCUCAGGAUUAUGGUGUUAGGGGUUUCCCAACUAUUAAAGUGUUUGUUCCUGGGAAGCCUCCUAUUGAUUAUCAAGGAGCAAGGGAUGCUAAAUCCAUCUCUCAAUUUGCUAUCAAGCAGAUAAAGGCGUUGCUGAAAGAUCGUUUGGAUGGUAAAACCACUGGCACGAAAAAUGGAGGAGGAUCCAGUGAGAAGAAAUCCGAGCCUAGUGCCUCUGUGGAGCUGAACUCUAGCAAUUUUGAUGAGCUGGUCAUUGAGAGCAAAGAACUUUGGAUUGUGGAGUUUUUUGCACCUUGGUGUGGACAUUGCAAAAAACUAGCUCCUGAGUGGAAAAAGGCUGCAAACAAGUUGAAGGGGAAGGUCAAACUAGGUCAUGUCGAUUGUGAUGCUGACAAGGCGAUACAGAGCAGAUUCAAGGUGAAAGGAUUCCCCACUAUCUUGGUCUUUGGUGCUGACAAAAGCAGCCCAUUGCCUUAUGAGGGUGCUAGAUCUGCAUCAGCCAUCGAGUCUUUUGCUCUGGAACAGCUUGAAUCCAAUGUUGGACCUGUUGAAGUAACUGAACUAACUGGGCCGGAUGUGAUGGAAGAGAAGUGUGGUCCUGCUGCUAUUUGCUUUGUUUCUUUCUUACCUGACAUUCUGGACUCAAAAGCUGAAGGAAGGAACAAGUAUCUGGACAUGCUAUUAUCUGUUGCAGAGAAGUUUAAAAAGGACCCUAUCAGCUUUGUGUGGGUGGCUGCUGGGAAGCAACCUGAUUUGGAGAAGCGUGUUGGUGUUGGAGGAUAUGGUUAUCCAGCAAUGGUAGCCUUGAAUGCAAAGAAAGGAGCUUAUGCUCCACUUAAAAGCGGUUUUGAGGUUAAACACCUCAUAGAAUUCGUGAAGGAAGCUAAGGAAGGAGGGAAAGGGAACUUGCCUAUAGACGGAACACUGGAGAUAGUGAAGACAGAAGCUUGGGAUGGUAAAGACGGAGAGGUGGUCGAUGCAGAUGAGUUCUCACUUGAAGAACUCAUGGCAGAUGAUUGA